AUGCAACAAACUUCGUUGGGGCUAAUCGAAAGCUCAGCGAAAUACAACGAUUGUGGGCCUUCACUUCCUAAGAACGAAGCCGUUGCUCAUCAUUUAACUCAAGCAUCAAUAGAAUGGCACUUUAUACCUCCAGCAUCUCCUCAUUUCGGAGGAAUUUGGGAGGCCGCAAUUAAAUCAACCAAAUAUCACUGUAAAAGAGUAAUAGGUGAAACGCUACUUACUUUCGAAGAAUUGACAACUCUAUUGGCUCAGAUAGAAGCCAUUUUAAAUUCUCGUCCGUUAUGUAGUGUAAACAAUACUGACAUUGAUUGCAUUAAUAUUCUCACUCCUUCACAUUUUCUUACAGGAGACGUGAUCCUAUCCCCUCCUGAACUACCUCUUACUAGUCCUGCUAAUAUACGGAAUAGGUGGGAUCUCCUUCAAAAGAUGCGCAAGGACUUCUGCAAAUCAUGGACCAAAGCAUAUCUAUCUUCUCUUCAAACCAGAAAGAAAUGGAAGGACACUCAGCCGAAUAUGAAAAUUGGAGACAUCGUCCUGUUACUAGAUGAUGGUCAUCUUCCAGGUUCUUGGCCACUAGGACAAGUGGUCGAACUUCAUCAUGGUGCUGACGGACUGGUUCGUGUGGCCACGGUUAAAACUAAAAACUCUAUUUUUAAAAGAAACAUUCAUAAAUUAGCACCUUUGCCCAUAUAUCAGGACUAA